UUCUUUGUUCAUUUUUUAACCACUGAGUGUGAGAAGCAAUUCAUCACACAUUGCAAAUCAGAAACCAUGGCCAAAAUUGCGUUAGGAACAACCCGAGAGGCUACUCAACCAGAUUGCAUUCAGGCUCUAAUUGUUGAAUUCAUUGCCACCUUUCUCUUUGUCUUUGCUGGUGUUGGUUCUGCAAUGACUGCUGAUAAGCUAAGUGGAGAUGCCUUAGUGGGUUUGUUUUUUGUGGCUAUUGCACAUGCUCUUGUGGUGGCUGUAAUGAUCUCUGCUGCUCAUAUUUCCGGUGGCCAUUUGAAUCCCGCCGUGACUUUGGGCCUCCUUGUCGGAGGCCACAUCACUAUCGUUCGUUCGAUCCUAUAUUGGAUUGACCAAUUGAUAGCAUCUGCAGCUGCUUGUUAUCUUCUUCAUUAUCUCUCUGGUGGAUUGACAACUCCAGCUCAUACACUUGCAAGUGGAGUAGGGUACACUCAAGGAGUAGUUUGGGAGAUUGUGUUGACAUUCUCUUUGUUGUUCACUGUGUAUGCAACCAUGGUUGACCCAAAGAAAGGAGCACUUGCUGGCCUUGGCCCAACCUUAGUUGGGUUUGUGGUGGGGGCAAACAUCCUUGCUGGUGGGGCUUUUUCGGCAGCUUCAAUGAACCCGGCAAGAUCUUUUGGGCCUGCUUUGGUUAGUGGAAAUUGGACAGAUCAUUGGGUUUAUUGGGUUGGACCACUUAUUGGUGGUGGGCUUGCUGGUUUCAUUUAUGAGAAUUUCUUCAUUAAUAGAGAUCAUGUUCCUCUAGCUGUAGAUGAAGAAAGCUACUAAGAAUUAAGAUUAGGUUUUUCCUUGGGAACUUUGCAUAAAAUUUGUGUUACUGUGCUUUAAUGUACAAGUGCUUUAUUUUUGUGCUUGGUAGAGAAAUAAAAUAUGAUUUCUAGUAUUAUAUUUGUGUGUAGAAUAACAUGUCAAUACUAAUAAAGACUUAUCAAUACUAGUUGACUAAGAGCAACUUUAGUUCAUGAUGA